GGUCUUCCGGGGCAACCAGGGAGACCCAGGACCCCCAGGACCUCCGGGCAGUGCUGGCCCACCGGGGAUCCAGGGCCCAGCUGGGACCAAGGGUGACCCAGGGGAGCCUGGCUCCGGCAUCCGAGGGGAGAGUGGGAAGCCGGGCGUGCCGGGCAGGGAUGGCGUGCCGGGGAAGGACGGUGAGCCGGGGAUGCCUGGGAAGAUGGCCAUCACUGGCCCUCCUGGCACCAAAGGCGAGAAGGGGGAGCCAGGAAGAUUCGGGGAGCCAGGGGAUCCUGGGGAAGACGGAGCCAAGGGAUCCUCUGGAGCCAAAGGGGAGAAGGGAGCCAAGGGAUCCUCUGGAGCCAAAGGGGAGAAGGGUGACAUCGGCUUGCCAGGACCCCCAGGGCCGCCAGGCUUAGCAGGCAUCGCUGGGACACCAGGACAGCCAGGCCUGAGAGGAGACAACGGGCAGCCUGGCCCACCAGGUCCCCCGGGAGAGAGGGGUGAAGAUGGGCACCCGGGGCCAGAAGGCGAUCGUGGGCCGGCGGGCUUGCCUGGGAACCGGGGGGAGCGUGGUGACAAGGGAGACCUCGGGGCCCCAGGACCAAAGGGAGACAAGGGAGAGCGUGGCCUGAAGGGCACAGAAGGGGACAAAGGGGACAAGGGAGAGCAAGGCAUGCCUGGAGAGAAGGGGACAAGGGGUGAACAAGGUGAGAAGGGCUCCACAGGCUUCCCUGGGGCACGUGGCCCCAGCGGGCAAAAGGGAGAGGUCGGAGCAUCGGGAGAGCCUGGUGAGCCGGGCCAGCCUGGCCGUGAUGGGAUCCCUGGAGCCCGAGGAGAGAAGGGGGACAUGGGACCCCUGGGCAUGCGCGGUCCCAAGGGUGACCGGGGCAUGAAAGGUGCCUGCGGCCUUGAUGGGGACAAGGGUGAGAAGGGAGAGCCGGGAAUCCCAGGACGCUCGGGGAUGCCAGGGCGGAAGGGUGAGCCGGGAGAGCUGGGUCUGUCUGGACCACCAGGAAUCCCUGGGAAGGAGGGGCUCAUGGGACCCAAGGGUGACCGGGGAUUUGACGGGCAGCAAGGAGCCAAAGGAGACCAGGGGGAGAAAGGAGACCGGGGUGCCCCGGGAAUUAUCGGUAGCCCCGGUCCCCGGGGUAGUGACGGUGCUCCUGGCCCCCCUGGGCCCCCAGGGAGCGUUGGCCCACGAGGUCCCGAAGGCAUACAGGGGCAGAAGGGGGAGAGAGGCCCCCCUGGGCAGUCGGUGCCAGGGGCCCGUGGUGUGCCUGGCAUCCCCGGCGAGAGAGGAGAGCAGGGCAGUCCCGGCACCCAGGGGCUCCGUGGGGAGAAGGGGGAGCCGGGCAUGACGCCUGUGCCGGCCACUUCCCACGGCGCCCGGAUUCCCGGCUUCUCCCCACGAAGCCAUUCCCGGCUGGCAGCGCUCAUGACGUCCCUGUGCUCACAUUGUCACACACUGAAGAAGAAGAGGGACAGGCAGGUCAUGCUUGGCACCGAUGACCUUGAGUACGACAGUGUGUAUGGGGAUGAAGAAGACUACGAUGAGGUCCCAGAGAUGGACAGCUCGGAGCAGCCCACA